UCUAACUUAUUUCUGCUACAUCGGUUCGUGGCGGUAGUCUUCGUCCGGUUUUUCAGAGGUUCAGACGUGAUAUUUAGGAAAUUUUCAACAUGAACCACAGUGACGUUGUAAUAAUAUCGGCAGUCAGGACACCCAUAGGAUCUUUUCGUGGUUCCUUAUCAUCAUUAAAAGGAGCAGAUUUAGGAAGUAUAGUCAUUAAAGAGAGUCUUUUAAGAGCUCAUAUUGAACCUAUGGAUAUUUCUGAAAUAAUUAUUGGACAGGUAUUAACAGCAGGUCAAGGACAAAAUCCGGCAAGACAAGCAGCAGUGAAAGCUGGUAUUCCUAUAUCUGUACCUGCUUAUACAAUUAAUAUGCUAUGUGGUUCAGGUUUAAAAGCAGUUUUGAAUGGUUAUGUAUCUAUAAGAGCUGGAGAAAGCCAGAUAGUUAUAGCUGGUGGACAAGAAAGUAUGAGCCAGUGUCCUCAUAUAUUACAAAUUAGAGAUGGUAUAAAAUUAGGAGAUUGUAAUUUAGCAGAUCAUAUUUUGCUUGAUGGCUUGACAGAUGCAUUUCACGGAAUUCAUAUGGGAAUAACAGCUGAAAAUGUUGCUAAAGACUUUAAAGUAAGUAGAGAAGAACAAGAUGAGUUUGCAGCUAAAUCUCAACAAAAAGUGCAGGCUGCAGUUACUGCAGGCCAUUUUACCAAAGAAAUCAUUCCUGUGACUGUACCUACUAGGAAAGAAUCUAUUAUUGUGAAUAAAGAUGAAUUUCCUAAGUCUGGAACAACUGUUGAAAGCCUUCAAAAAUUAAAACCUGCCUUUUUGAAAGCUGAAGGUACAGUUACAGCUGGUAAUUCUUCUGGCAUCAAUGACGGAGCAGCAGCAGUAGUUCUUAUGUCAGCAGAGAUUGCUAUAAAAAAAGGACUUUCUCCACUGGCUAAAAUUGUUGCAGUAGCUCAAGUUGGAGUAGAACCAAAAAUUAUGGGCACAGGUCCUAUUCCAGCAAUUGAGUUAGUGUUGCAAAAAGCAAAAUGGACAAAAGAAGAAGUAGAUUUAUAUGAAUUGAAUGAAGCUUUUGCAGCGCAAGCAAUAGCUUGUGUAAGAACUCUUGGUUUAGAUCUUCAUAAAGUUAACAUAAACGGUGGAGCUAUUGCUUUAGGCCAUCCUGUUGGUGCAUCUGGUACUAGAAUAUUAGUAACUUUAUUACAUUCAUUAGAAAGAAUUGAUGGAAACAAAGGUGUUGCAGCCUUAUGUAUUGGUGGAGGAAUGGGAAUAGCAAUUGCUGUUCAAAGAAAAUAACAAACAUUUCAUCCAGUUAGGUAUUACUUAUUCUACAAACAUAAAAUUUUAUUUAUGUGCAUUAUUAUUUUAUAACAAAAUAUGUAUAGGUAUAUAGGUAUAUAGUUUUUUUCACAAUUAUGAAGAGAUAAUCUUUUUACUAUAAACCUGUUAAAUCAUUAAAUAUUUAUUAUAUGAUUAUAAUAAAAAAGUAUAUGAGGCUAUAAUGGUAUGUUGAAAAUAGCAAGGUGUUAAUAGAUAUAACUAAAUAAAUUUAUUUUAUUUAUAUUUGUUUAUAUGUCGAUUACUGAUAAUUGUACUUAAAAUUUGUACAAAAUUAUCACUUUUAUACUAUCUUAUACUGUAUUUUGUGCAAUGCAUGUUUGUAUAAAAGUUAUUUUUAUACAUGAAAAAUUAAAUUGUAAAUAAAAAUACUGUAAAAUGAUCAA